CCCAGAUGCAUGCUGGUCUACUAUUCCUAGCCUGACGACGACGUAAACAUGGCAUUGUUGUCAAAGUUUUCGUAUUAGUUUAAUGAGUAUAUGGGUAUCUUAUAAAGUUAUUACUUAGUUGAACAUCUUUAAGAAAAACAAGAAGAGGAACCCAGCAAAAUUCAACUAAAAGAAAGUCGGCUCUAAUUAACAAACUUAUUUAUGUACCAAAUGAAUAGAAAAUAAAAUAUAUUUUAAGAAGGAUGGAUACCAAAAUUUUCAAAAGAACACAGGAUACGCUUGGUAAAAUCAUCGUAAGGCCACCCUUGACAGAUAAACUCUUAGCAAAGCCUCCUUUUAGGUUCCUCCAUGAUAUUAUAACAUCUGUUAUUAAAAGUACUGGCUUUAUGCAAGGCUUGUACACUUCUGAAGAACAGAAUUCAGAUAAUGUGAAGGACAAAGAAAGCAAAAUGAAGUUCUUGCAGAAAGCAAUUGAUAUUGUUUCAUUAGUUACUGAAAAGCAAUUAGCUGUGAGGCCAUCCAAAGUUGUUGCUGGACAUGAACCAGACAAAACCAACGAAUUCCUGCAGGCGUUAGCUGAGGCUAUAAAAAAACAAGUUGAUAAUGAUGUGUAUGUACAGCGUGUAUUGAAAGGAGCUGAUGGAUCCAAGAGGCAAGAAUCCAAUAAAGAAAAAGAAAAGUCAAAGGAGAAAUCAAAGGAGAGAAGACAACCAGAAAAUGAAGAGCAACCUAAAUCAAAGGAAAAAGGAUCAAAGGAAAAUAAUUCCAGAAGUGAUCGACAUAAAAGUCAGUCUGAAAAUGAAAUUAAAACCGAUGAAAAACGGAGUAAAACAGAAAAGCGGAAUAGGAAAAGUGAGCAAAAAUCAAGAAGUAAAGGUGAGGAGAAAGACAGCCAACAGAAUAAAAUUGAAGAGAAAGAAAGACAACGAAACAAUGAAAGAGAAAGACACCAAGCUAAAGAUGAAGAGAAACCAAAGGAAAAACAGUCCGGUGACAAAGAGAAGUCCUCUAAAAAAUCUUUGAAAGAUGACACUAAAGAAAAUGAAAAACCUUCUCAAGAAACUAAUGAAAAAACACCUGAUGAUAUUACACUGCGAAAAUUAACUCGGCCAACAUCUGCAAAAGGUUCAAGACAUAAAAAAGAAGAAAAUGAAGUCUCACCUGUACCUUCUGAUAUGCAGCUUUCAUCAGCAGUGGAGACUACUGAUGGCCAGCAGACAAAAAUAUCUCCCAAGGCUCCAGAACAUUCAUCAUCAUUAAAUCGAGUUGGUAGCGCACGGCGUGCACCGCCUAAACUGAGAACAUCAGAAGUUAUUGACGAUCCUAUGAUACAACUUGGAAAUGGCAAACCCACCAAUGUAAUAACAGAUGAUGGAGCAGCCACAGAUGAAGAAGAACAGUUCAUUUUGGAAGAUGCAACUCUACUUCCAAAUAAAAAUGUCCCUUUAAAGACUGAUGAAACUGGAACCAUUGAAGAUGGUGGUUUGGUAAAUAAAUUAUUAGAAACAAAAAAAGAACUGGAAGGCACUAUUGCUUCAGAGGAAAAGUCAAAAGUUAAAAUUGAGAACUCUAUGAUGACCAGUACUGCAUACCAAAGACAGAGAGAACUAACUGAGAGUAAGAUUUUAAAGUUGCAAGGAAGCAUCCAAGGUUUAACAAAAAGUGCAAACCCAUUGGGUAAGAUAAUGGAUUACAUUCAAGAAGAUCUAGAUUCUAUGCACAAAGAGUUGAACCAAUGGAAAGGAGAAAAGCUAGAAUACAGAUUAGCUUUGAAAGAGGAGAGAGAAAUCACUGAGAAAGCUCUUCAACCUUUAAAGUUACAACUGACCACCUUGGAUGAAGCAAUAAAAGAACAACUAGAUAUCAUUGCCACAAUAAAAGCUAAUGUUAUUCACAAUGACAGUCGCAUUGAAGCUAUGUUACAUUCUGUUGCCAAAUUGUAAAUAAAGGACAUCCCAUGAAUUAGAGUGAUAUAUUUCAUUGAUGAUUCAUAUUAAUUUAAUAACAAAUUAGGAAUGCUAUGCACAAACUGUAUGUAAGCUGUAAGUCUUUGUUUCUAUAGACAAAUAAAUUACCCUGUCUUAUUUUCAUUA